ACACACACACACACCCUCGCCUGCUGGAGAUGGUCACACACGGCCAGAGGGCUGCAGUAGUUGAGUCAGUCAAGGUGGUGCUACUGUCUAGGGAGAAUGUCAAAGGGAGAGCAGCAAGACCUGGUGGCUAUUAAAGAACUAGAGUCAAUCCUGGAGUCCUGCAAGCUUGAACUGACACCGAUAGAUGAGGUCUGGCCUAAUCUCUACAUCGGAAAUGUGGCCAUAGCUCAGAACAGGGGUGCAUUAAAGAAGCUUGGUAUCACACACGUCCUGAACGCAGCUCACUUUAAGCAGGGCAGCAUCGGUGACCAGGAUUACUAUGGAAACACCUGUGUGUACUGUGGCUUCCCUACAGAAGACUCAUCCCAUUUUGACCUCAGCCAGUACUUUAAACCUGCAGCUGACUUCAUACAUAAGGCCCUGAAGACUAAAGAUGGGAAGGUAUUGGUGCAUUGCAUCAUGGGUAUAAGUCGUUCCGCCACACUGGUGCUGGCGUUCCUGAUGAUGCACUGUCAUCUGCCGCUUCGCACCGCGCUCAAACACGUGACCCAGCGACGCGCCAUCUACCCCAACAGACACUUCCAGUCGCUACUGCUCACCCUCGACACACAGCUCGCACGCAAGAGGAGACUAUGUCCUCUUCUCUGACAGUCCUUCUUUCAUCCCUCUCUCCUCCCAUCCCUCUCUCGUCUCCCCUCAUCCGUCUCCCCUCUUAUCUAUCUAUCCAUCUCACACACAAUCCUUUAUACUGGUUGAAAAUAUGUAGUUGUAGGACUUUUACAGUAGGUACAAACUGGUAUUAAAGCACAGCAUGUUGUAUAUACUGUAAAUAACCAUAUAAUGCGGUAGCAGGAUUCCAUGGAGAUAAUGUCGAUGCUCAACGCCUUUUAAAAUCUAAAAUAUCUAAAGAAUUUGAACUUUUCAACAUCCCCGUGUUAACCAGUGGUGAUAGUUGAACCUGCUGUGAGUUGUGCAGCUGAGCAUUGCCUCCUGGGAAUCUCUCAGUUGAAACACUAAUAAUGAGAUUACACAAUUAAAGGUAAUUUUUGUUCCA